GCGUCUCCUUGGUGACAGACCGGAACCGGAAGUAGACAUGCGAGCCGCAGAGUGAGAACAGUCCGUGUAGCCGCUCCUGCUCGAUGUUUUAACGUUUUUACACAGUUUUCGGCUCUGGCAGUUCGGUCGGAGGGCGGGAUGAGCGCGGAGGCGGCGGACCGGGUCGCGGCGGUGACGGGCAGUCGGCCCGGGACGCCGCUGCAGGUGUCCUGGUUCGAGUUCCUGCUGGACGGCGGCCUGCUGGAGACGCACCUGCAGAAAGCCAGCCCAGACCCCGCGCCGGUCCAGCUCAUCGUGCAGUUCCUGGAGCAGGCCUCCAAGCCGUCGGUGAACGAGCAGAACCAGGUGCAGCCGCCGGCAGACAACCGCAGGAACCGGACCCUGAAGCUGCUGGCGCUGAAAGUCGCCGCUCACAUGAAGUGGGACCUGGACAGCCUGGAGAGAGGGCUGACCAUCCCGGUGGUCAACAUGCUGCUGAACGAGCUGCUGUGCGUCAGCAAGGUUCCGGCCGGCGUGAAGCACGUGGAGCUGGACCUGUCCACCCUGCCGCCCACCACCGCCAUGGCCGUCAUCAUCUACAACCGCUGGGCCAUCAGGACCAUCGUUCUCAGCAGCUUUCCGGAGAAGCAGAACAAACCAGGACCUCAUCAGAUAAACAUGCUGAGCAUGGUGCAGCAGGAGAAGGAGCUGACGGAGAACAUCCUGGCCGUGCUGAAGGAGCAGGCGGCCGACUCGCUCUGCGUCCUGGACGCCGCGCUGCGCCUCAAGAAGGACUUCUACGUCCACACGCUGCGGACGCUGGACCUGCUGGGCUCCGACGCCGCCGCCGCCAACGGAGAGACCGAGUCCUCCACCGCCGGCCUGCGGAUCGGCGCCGACGAGCUGCACUGCCAGGUGCAUUACGACCUGGGAGCCAUCUUCUUCCAGCGAGGCUGCACGGACCAGCCGGCCUAUCAGAAGGCCCGGGACCACUUCAGGAUGACCAAGGAGCUCCUCAAGAAGCUGGACCAGGCCGUCCACGUCCACCUGGAUGAGAAGCGCCUGGCCGGCUACUGGAACGCCUGCAAGGCUCUGACCGGCGACCGCGACCCGGCCGACACGCACACCACCCGCUACGACCGGAUCAACAGCCUGAUCCGGAACCAGGACUACCAGGCCGUGGUGGAGGCCUUCAUCAGGGACAACGCCGCCCGCAGCUUACCGACCCACUUCAGGCGCUCGGUUCUGAGGGAGCUGCUGUACCGGGUCCAGCAGGGGGAGUCGGGUCUGGACGCGGUGUGCCGCCAGCUGUGUGUCUGCAACGCGGUGCGAGACGCUCUGGACGGAGAGAUUCUGAGCGUCCGGUUCCAGCAGCUGCUGCUGCGGCCCGGGAAACGGACCCUGGACUUCAUGCUGGAGGUGUCCUCCCGCUCUCUGGACCGGGACCAGCCGUCGGCCAGGAGGAACACCGCCGCCUUCCUGAGGACUCUGUGUCAGAACCUGGAGGACCGGGUUCUGGUUCUGACCGUCACGUCUCAUCCGCUCUUCCUGGAGCUGCUGAGGGACGACGACCGCAAGGUUCUGAUGGAGCAGACGAGGAAGAAGGGCGGAGUCAACCUGAGCGCCAAGCCGCUUCCGUCCUUCUACGACAUCCCGGCUUCAGCCAGUGUGAACGUCGGCCAGCUGGAGCAGCAGCUGAUCCGGGCCUUGGACCCGCGCCGGAUCCGACAGAUCCUGAUCGAGCUCCACGGCUUGGCGGAGCGACCUUUCUGGAGGGUCAACGGAAAGUGGGAGGUUCCUCCAGAUUACAUCGGCGCCGUCCUCGCCAUCAAAGACGGCCUGACCCGAGAUCUGGUCUACAUCCUGACGGCCAAAGCUCUGCACUGCAUCUCCAUAAAGGACUUCGGCCCGGCCCGCCAGCUGUUCGCCGCCUGCCUGGAGCUCGUCACCGAGUUUUCUCCGAAGCUGCGGCAGGUGAUGCUCAACGAGACGCUGCUGCUGGACGUACGCGCUCACGAAGCCGCCACCACCGACGGCAGCCGGGAGCGUCCGCCGCCCGACCUGGUUAGCCGGGUCAGAGGUUACCUGGAGAUGAGGAUCCACGACGUUCCCCUGCGUCAGGUGAUCGGGGAGGAAUGUGUCGCCUUCAUGCUGAACUGGAGGGAGAACGACUACCUGACGCUGCAGGUGCCUCCGUCUCUGGUCAUGAACAACCCGUACAUCAAGCUGGGCCAGCUCCUGGCCUCCACCUGCAAGGAGCUCCCAGGUCCUAAAGAGAGUCGGCGCACUGCCAAGGAGCUGUGGGAGGUGGUGGUGCAGAUCUGCAGCGUCUCUGUCCAGCACAAGCGCAGCAGCGACGGCCGCCUGGGUCUGAUCAAGCAGCGCGAGUCGUCUCUGGGCAUCCUGCAGCGGAGUAAAUUCAUCACCUUUACAAAGAAACUCAGGGAGCCGCUGGUGCUGACCACUCUGAUCUCGCUGUUUGUGAGACUCCACAGCAUCGUUCGGGACGACAUAGUGAACGAAGUGACAGCCGAGCAUCUCUCCAUCUGGCCGUCCUCUCUUCCAAACAUCCAGGCGGUGGACGUGGAGGCGGUGGCUGUGACCGUCAAAGAGCUGGUGUCCUACGCCUUGACGCUGAACCCCAACAACCAGGCCUGGCUCGUCACUCAGGCAGACAUCUACUUUGUGACCAAUCAGUACUCGGCUGCGCUCAGCUUUUACCUGCAGGCCGGAGCCGUGUGCUCAGACUUCUUCACCAAACCUGUUCCUCCCGACGUCUACACAGACCAGGUUCUGAAGAGGAUGAUCAAGUGCUGCUCCAUGAUGAACUGCCACACACAGGUUGCCGUUCUGUGCCAGUUUCUCCGGGAGGUCGACUACAUGACGGCGUUCAAAGCUCUUCAGGAGCAGAACAGCCACGACGCCAUGGACUCCUUCUACGACUACAUCUGGGACGUCACCAUCCUGGAGUACCUGACUCAUAUUCACCACAAACGCGGCGAGACGGAGAAGAGGCAGAUCGCUGUGAAGGCCAUCGGACAGACGGAGCUGAACAGCAGCAACCCGGAGGAGGUUCUGCAGCUGGCGGCCCAGAAGAGGAAGAAGAGGUUCCUGCAGGCCAUGGCCAAACUCUACUUCUGAAAACACCGAGCAGCAGCUGAUGGAAUAAUAAAGAAUCGAACAAAGCA